AGCUAGCUUUAGAAAGCUUUAACACAAUGGUAUUCAGAAACAGAAUAGUUUGCCUGCAAACGUUCAGUGACUUUCACUGGAAGCAAUUAUCUGAAAUCAAUAGCCCGCCGAUGGCCAUUCAAGAAUGAGUCACUCUCAUUAACAUUAGUAUAAAGGUAUAUUCAGCACAUGCAAUUAACUUGCCUAGCAAGCAAAAAUUUUGAUUAGAACCAUAUCAGAAGUUUCCGUAUAUAAAACAUGAGUGAAUUGGAAAAUAAGGAACUUUCUUAUCAUUUCCUUUUCCUUUGAAAAGUCAAACAUCUAUCUUAAUAAAAGUUUCACAGAGUUAGGUAUACUAGUACACAAACCAAGCAAAUUAAGUAGCACGCAAUCAUACUAAAAGAUAUCAAUAAUGGUUAUUUUCAACUUAGUAAAUAGAAAGAGUGUAAGGUUCUUUAAUUUGUUAAGCGGGGUGUGCAUCUUGACCAGACAGCCAUGAAGUGAUGGAUGACUAGACAUCAAAAGCUUGACCAUUUCCACACCAAACCCCCAGCCUGUGCAAUCGCUAUGUUAGAGGAUACCAGCUAGUGUAUUCUCCGGAGCUUCGAUAUAUGCAAAACAGAGCAUGGCAGAAAUUGCGGUAAACUACCUACUUGACAAGCUCAAGGACUUUCUAGAGAAUGGGGUUCUAUUCAAAGGUGCCGAGGAAGAAGUUACUUCAGUGAAGAGACAAUUGGAGUACAUAAGGGCAUUCCUGAGGGUUGCAGAUUCCCUGGAAGAGAGUGAUGAGGAAGUCAAAGUUUGGGUGAAGCAGCUGAGAGAAAUCGCAUACGACGCUGAAGAUGCUCUUGAUGAGUUCAAACUUCUCCUGGCGCAUGAUCAUGGAAUUUGUUCUCCUGGUCUUCUCUCCAAGAUGUCCUGCUGUAUUAAGAACAUGAAAGGUCGGUACCGAAUUGCUUCGGAGAUGAAAUCCAUCAACUCCAGAAUCAGAAACAUGUACGACGGACACUGGAGAAUCCAUGACAAAUUAAAAGCCGAACAUCGUUAUGGCUCUAGUAAGCCAGAUGACACAUGGCAGGACCAGCGAGGGAAUGCUCUUCUUUUAGACAAAGCUGAGCUCGUGGGCAUCAGUGAACCGACAAAAAACUUGGUCGGCUGGCUGAUUGAGGGUGCUUCCAAGCGGGAAGUAAUCUCAGUUGUGAGGAUGGGAGGACUCGGGAAAACUACGUUAGUCAAGCAAGUUUAUGAAGAUCCAGAAGUGAAGAAACAUUUCAUGAUACGUGCUUGGAUAACUCUUUCUCAAUCUCCAAAAAUAGAAGAGCUCCUCCAAGGCAUGGUUCGACAAAUAAUGAGGGAGACCCAAGCACCAGUUCCUCCUCUGCAGGACAACAUGGAUACAUUAUGCCAGAAGACUAUUAUAAAGGACCUGCUACAAAAAGCAAGGUACCUGAUUGUUGUAGAUGAUGCGUGGCGCAUAAAUGAAUGGGAUGUGAUCAAACAUGCAUUGCCUAAUAACAGCUGUGGCAGCCGAAUAAUUAUCACAUCCAGGAAUUCUGAUUUAGCAUAUACCUUAUGCGGAGAAUUCAGAGAGAUGGUUUACAAGAUGGAGCCACUACCACCUGAAGAGUCAUGGAAGCUUUUCUGUGCAAAGACAUUUCAGGGGAACUCCUGCCCUCCUCAUCUAGAGGAGACCUGUAGGCUUAUUCUAAGGAAGUGCGAGGGAUUGCCACUUGCUAUUGUGGCCAUCAGUGGUGUUUUGGUUUCAAAAGACACGAGAAAAAAGGGUGAUUGGGAUCUGGUUCAUCGAAGUCUUCGUACUGAAAUAGAUUGCAAUGAUAAAUUCAGAACCUUGAGGAGAGUCCUCUCACUUAGUUUUGAUGACCUGCCAUGCUACUUGAAGUCCUGUUUCCUGCACUUGAGCGUAUUUCCCAGGGGUUCCCUCAUUAGCUGUGGGAGAUUAAUUCGAUUAUGGAUCGCAGAAGGAUUUGUAGACAAGAAAGAAGGUAUGAUAGUAGAAGAAGCAGCCCAUGACUGCCUGUAUGAGCUUCUGAACAGAAGCCUGAUAGAGGUGGCUGUAAAAACAAGAGAUGGAAGAAUCCGGUUUUGCCGUAUCCAUGAUUUUCUGCUGGAUAUUAUUACUUCAAAGUCAAGUAACCAAGGUUUUGCAGAAACAGCGAUGGAAAACAAUCAUAAAUGGCCGGAUAAAGUUCGUCGCCUAUCAAUACAGAACAGCAUGCAAGCUACACAACAGAAAAGGUCAUUGUCUCAACUACGUUCUUUAUACAUGUUUGGGGUAGAGAGAUCUUCCGUGGAUGCUGUUCUAGGUAGAGAAAUGAGACUGCUCACUGUUCUGAAGUUGCAAACAGCUUCUUUGACAAAGUUCCCAGCUCAAGUUGCUGAGUGGCGCCACCUGAGAUAUCUAAGUUUCAGGUACAGCAAGGUGAGAACUGUUCCAUGUUCCAUAGGGAACCUUCAAAACCUAGAGACUUUAGACCUUAAACACACGUAUGUCACAGAAUUGCCAGUUGCGAUCUUGAAGCUACAACGACUUCGCCAUCUACUCUUAUAUCGUUAUUCAGGCCCAGCUUCCUUAUGGUUCAAGAAUGGCUUCAAGUCCCCAGAAGGUAUAGGGGCUUUACAGUCCCUGCAAAAGCUCUGCUCCAUAGAAGCACGUGACAAUAGAAACAGCAGCUUAAUAAGAGAGCUUGGAAAGUUGAAAGAAUUGAAUAGGUUAGGCAUCGUGAAGUUGAGAAAAGAAGAUGCGAGGGAAUUGUGCUUGUCGAUUGAAAAAUUAACCAAGCUUCAAGCAAUAUCUGUAAGUUCAGUCGAUGAAAAUGAGAUUAUUGAUCUACAAUCCCUCUCUUCUCCACCUCCGUUUCUCCAAAGAAUCUACUUGACAGGACGUCUGGAGGCAUUACCACAUGUCAUCUCUUGA